AUGAGCGAUGAAAACGGCAAGGCAGUGGUCACGGAAGUGGCUACUGGUGUUUCCGCGGGCGGCGAUGAAGGUUCCACGGGCGGCAAGAACAACAAAAAGAAGCAAUCGAAACCCACGGGGACGAGCGACGAAAGUAAACCAGUGCCUGUGACGAACGGGGAGCUGUCGGCCGCCAGCGGGUCUGAAGAACCGGCUGGCCGUGGUGACGAAAGUGGAGCAAAGUCAAAGCAGCAGCAGAACAAGAACAAGAAAAAGAAGAACAAGCAGAACCAGAACGAACAAGCGCCUGCUUCGUCAGCUGGCCAGGUCAAUGGCGACGAAUCGACGGUUCCGUCGGAAGGCGAGGUGACCGAUUCGGCCGAUAAGGACUCCAAUAGCUCGGUGCUAGAUCACCCGCAAUCGGAUGACGACAAGAAAUUCCCCGUUGAAAUGCUCGGCUCGAACUCGGAAGCGGCCGAUAUGAUCAUGAACGUUCGGGAUGUGCUGGAGCGUUUGAAGGUGCACUCGCGGUUGCUGAAACCCGCGAAGACACCGGAAGAGGCGUUGCACAAAUCGUACAAGUUCUGGUCGACGCAGCCGGUCCCCCGGAUGGAGGAGACCAUUACUGCGAACGAACCGAUCGAGGCGGACAAAGCGCUCAGUGAGAUCCGCCAGGAGCCUUACGCACUCCCGGACGGGUUCACCUGGGACACGAUGAAUCUGAGCGAUCCGCUACAGCUGAAGGAGUUUUACACGCUGCUGAACGAGAACUACGUCGAGGAUGAUGACGCAAUGUUUCGGUUCGAUUAUCAGCCCGCAUUCCUGCAGUGGGCACUGCAUCCACCUGGGUGGAAGCGUGAUUGGCACUGCGGGGUGCGCGUGGUCAAGUCGGGACGGCUGGUGGGCUUUAUCUCUGCCAUACCCGGCACGUUGAACGUGCACAAGAAGAAGCAGCGCAUGGUGGAGAUCAACUUUUUGUGUGUGCACAAAAAGCUGCGUUCGAAACGGCUGGCCCCGGUGCUGAUCCUGGAGAUUACGAGACGCGUUAAUCUCACCGGGAUCUUCCAGGCGGUCUACACGGCCGGAGUGGUGCUACCGAAACCCGUCUCCUCCUGCCGUUACUGGCACCGCUCGUUGAACCCCAAGAAGCUGAUUGAGGUGAAAUUUUCCUACCUGUCCCGCAACAUGACGAUGCAACGGUCGAUCAAGUUGUACAAACUGCCGGACCAACCGAAAACCCCCGGCUUCCGGAAGCUGCUCGAAACCGAUCUGGCGGCCGUUCACAAGCUGCUGGCGUCGUACCUAGAACGCUUCAAUCUAACGCCGGUGUUCGACGAAGCGGAAAUGCGGCACUGGUUCCUGCCGCAAAACGGCAUCAUCGAUUGCUUCGUCGUGGAGGAUCCGGCCAAUCCGGGCACGAUUACGGAUAUGGUCAGUUACUACACGCUUCCGUCGACCGUGAUGCACCACGCGGUGCACAAGUACGUCAAGGCCGCGUACAGUUUUUACAACGUCUCAACCCGCACCCCUUGGCUCGACCUCAUGAACGACGGUCUCAUAUCGGCCAAAAAUCUCGGGUUCGAUGUGUUCAACGCGCUCGACCUGAUGGACAACAAGCAGUUCCUGGCGCCGCUCAAGUUCGGCAUCGGUGACGGCAACCUGCAGUACUACCUGUACAAUUGGCGCUGUCCGAGCUUGCAGCCGGAGGAUGUCGGUUUGAUACUGCUGUAAGUGCCCGCGCGUACACGAGGCCUACAGACGACGAUUACGGCGCAUAUAUGGGGGUGGUGGUGAUGGUGUGGGGCUGACUGGUGGAACCAAAGCAUUCUUAUAAAAUCGAACCGGGCCCGCGGAAGACACGUGGCUGCAUGGAGGCGCUGCAUAGCCGCUUCACUGCACUGCAGCCUUCCGUUUAGAAUCGUUUAGUAUUUCGGCAUGGGGGGUGGUUUCGUACGCGUUCACUUUCCUCUUCCUUAUAGCAUGGAUUACAAUCCGUUUUUCGUUCUGUUCUAAGGCAAUCUUUCCACUGUUUACAAUGCCAUCGGAUCGCGGGAAAAUUCAGCGAACAUCAGGGGAUUUACACUGAUUUGUAGCAACCCAUUUGCGGCACACAACCGAUGGUGCUGGUGUAACACACUCGCAAUCACUGGCGGGCCGGGAAUGUCGAGAAUGCUCGAUGCACUACAUAUAUAUCUUUUUUUUUUAUUGUGCUACCUUAACGAACGUUAGAAUAUCGUUCAAAUAUUUCUUUUCUCUCGUUUUUAAUAACCUUAUGGCAUGCCAAUGCCGGAUUUCCAAACAUCGUGAAAGUGUGUACAGUGGCGUAAGAGAAUAAUGCUAAGGUUACGUUGUUUCAUGCCCUCGAAAUAUCCAUUCAAUAAAGUGAACGAUAAAGAACUAUACGAGUAACAUUUCUUCUUUCUUUCCGGAAAAGCCGAUGGCAAUAACUUUCAUUAUUUUCGGGACUGG